AUGACCACUGAAGCUGAUUAUGAUAUAAUUUUCGCAGGAGGUGGUGCCUCUGCUUGCAUAACGGCUGGCCGUCUGGCUGCUGCUGAUCCAUCUCUUAAGAUACUGGUGGUUGAGGCAGGCCCACAUACCCGAGAAAAACGAGAUGUUAUUCAACCUGCCCGCUAUGCCAAUGCAUUAGCACGAGUUGCCACAGGAGAAUCUGAAAUGUUUGCUGUACAUGUUGGCAAACCAACGGAUUCUCUUCUGGGGAGAGCUCCCAUUGUUCUGGCCCCAAGUGCAGUUGGAGGUGGCUCUAGUGUCAAUUUUAUGGUUUAUACUCGUGGCGCGGCGUCGGAUUAUGACGACUGGGAGAUAGAGUACGGCAACGCUGGCUGGGGUUCCAAACAUCUCAUUCCGUUACUCAAGAAGGCUGAGACAUAUCAACCCGAGACAAAGAACGAUACUCAUGGCACAUCUGGUCCUCUCAAAAUUUCUCAUGUUCCUCCUGGGUUGAUAAACAUUGCAUCGAAUAGCCUAGAAGUUGCCGCAGCGUAUGAUAAGAAGCGGCCUCAGAUCACUGAAGAUGUGAAUACGUUCUAUGAAUGCAACAAGUACGGAUACGCUGAGCGUUAUAUCAACGGUCUAACAGGGCGAAGAUCUGAUACUGCCCAUCAUUACAUUUACAAUCAAGAGAAUAACCUCAAUCUAACGGUCCUCGAUAGGCAUCGUGUCAUCCGCGUUAUCUUUGAAGGGAAUCGGGCAGUUGGUAUCGAGUAUUUAGAUGAUCUCGCUGGUCGGAAAGGAGGGGAUGUCGCUCGCGUCAUUGCUAGGGCAAGUCGCCUUGUUGUAGUGGCUGCAGGGACGCUGGGUUCCCCGACAAUACUUGAGAGGUCGGGAAUUGGCGCAAAAUCUAUUUUGGAUAAAGCCGGUAUAAAAACAUUGGUUGAUUUGCCUGGAGUUGGAGAAAAUUACCAGGACCACAAUCUUAUGUUUUUGCAGAGUAAAGCGACCCCAGACACGGAUUCAAUGGAUGGAAUAUUCCGUGGGGAUGAAGAAGUGAUAGCCAAACAUGAAAAACAAUGGUUGGAAAACGGACAAGGUUUAAUGGCUCACAAUGGGCUAUUUUGGGGUAUAAAGAUUCGGCCUGUAGAAGAAGAACUGCGAUCUAUGUCUCCCGAUUUUGAUCAGAGGUGGAAGACAUAUUAUGCCAGCCCUGAACACCAGGAUAAGCCAAUUGCUUUACUUGGAUUUAUGGCAGCAUACGGCGGGGCCACACCUGAUGUUCCUAUUGCAAAAUAUUUUUCUUUUGUGUACUUUUCGGCAUAUCCAGCGUCAGUAGGAAGUAUACACGUUACUUCUGGAACGGACCCAUACGCCCCGUCGGAUUUCCAUCCUGGUUUCCUCGACGACCCGUCAGACCUUUCGGUGCUUCGCUUCUGCUACAAGAAAGCAAGAGAGUUAUCUCGUCGGAUCAAGUAUUAUGCAGGAGAUGUCGUUGCCAUUCAUCCCAAUUUUAAAGAAACCAGCGAAGCAAAACCAAAGGCUUCAUCGGCACCGGCAUCCUUAACCGAUGCUGACAUCGUUUACUCAAAAGAAGACGAUGAAGCCAUUGAUGAAUAUCACCGAAAAAGAGCGGAAUCUGGCUGGCACUCGAUCGGUACCUGCGCUAUGAAACCAAGAGAGACCGGAGGUGUGGUAGAUGCGAGAUUGAAUGUAUACGGCGUUCAGGGUCUUAAGGUCGCAGAUUGCAGCAUUGCUCCUGCAAAUGUUGGUGCAAAUAUGUAUAAUACUGCAAUUGCUAUCGGAGAGAAAGCAGCUGUAAUUAUAGCGCAAGACUUGGGGAUUGGAGGUGUUUCUGAAGAGUAG